GCGCCCACUUGAACUGUGUGUUUAGGACACGAGGGGCAGCCCCAAAACUCGUUCAUUUAUCUGUCUUUAAAAGAAACUUGACACUUAGUUGUACAGUUAGCAGGACAGCAUAUCUUUAAAUCCUUAGUUAUACUCGGCAACUUCUCAUUCACAUCUGUGCUGCUUUGCUUCAAGAGUAACUGUAGGCUAAUAUGACAAAAAUCCUGUUAGCUUGCAGCGUUGUUAAAUCCCUCAGACAAGGAUGUGUAGUAGGCAGAAGAGUCGGAAACACGUCUGCCUGGCUGAGACUUCAAACUACCAGUUUUUUUAGUGUCAAGGCCCAAACAGCCCACCUGGUCUUAGAGGAUGGCACCAGGAUGAAAGGGUUUUCUUUUGGGCACGAUGCCUCUAUAGCUGGGGAGCUGGUCUUCAAUACAGGCUUGGUGGGGUAUCCUGAGGCUCUGACUGACCCCAGCUACAGGGGUCAGAUCCUGACCCUGACAUACCCUAUUGUAGGGAACUAUGGGGUACCCAACACCCAAAAGCUGGAUGAGCUGGGCCUGAGAAAAUAUGUGGAGUCAGAGCGGAUCCAGGUAUCUGGUCUUCUGGUUCAAGACUACAGCCACGACUACAGCCACUGGAACUCUGUCAAGUCUCUGGGUCAAUGGCUACAAGAAGAGAAGGUUCCUGCACUGUUUGGAAUAGACACCAGAAUGCUGACCAAGGUCAUCAGAGACAAGGGCACAGUUUUGGGAAAGAUUGAAUUUGAUGGGCAACCUGUCGAGAUAUCCGACCCCAACCAGAAAAACCUGGUAGCAGAAGUCUCAACAAAGGAAACCAAAGUUUAUGGAAAAGGGAACCCAAUCAAAGUGGUGGCAGUUGAUUGUGGUAUUAAACAUAACAUCAUUCGUCUGCUGGUUAAGCGGGGCGCAGAAGUUCACCUGGUACCAUGGGACCAGGACUUGCUGAGUCUCGAAUAUGACGGACUGUUCAUCUCCAAUGGACCGGGAGAUCCGUCUCUGGCCGAGACACUCAUCCACAAUGUCCGCAAGGUGCUGGAGAGUGAUCGUCCCCAGCCGGUGUUUGGGAUUUGUAUGGGCAACCAGAUCACUGCUCUCGCUGCCGGCGCAAAGUCAUACAAACUACCCAUGGGCAACAGAGGCCAGAACCAGCCAGUGCUGAAUGUGAUGACAGGCCAGGCCUUCAUUACAGCGCAGAACCAUGGCUACGGCAUAGACAGCAAGUCCCUGCCCCCAGGGUGGAGCCCGCUUUUCAUCAACGCCAAUGAUGGCACCAAUGAGGGCAUUAUGCACAACACUAAGCCUGUUUUCACGGCCCAGUUCCACCCGGAGGCAAAAGGCGGUCCCACAGACACAGAGUUCCUUUUUGAUGCCUUCAUGUCCCUGAUCAAGAAAGGGAAAGAUGCCAACAUAGUGUCAGUCAUGCCCAAGAAACCUUAUAUCCCUCCCAGAGCUCAGGUGUCAAAGGUGCUGGUGCUGGGUUCCGGUGGUCUGUCUAUUGGUCAGGCUGGAGAGUUUGACUACUCUGGAUCUCAGGCAGUCAAGGCCAUGAAGGAGGAGAACCUGAAGACGGUACUUAUGAACCCAAACAUCGCUUCGGUUCAGACCAACGAGGUGGGCACCAAGCAGGCCGACUCCGUCUACUUCCUGCCCGUCACGCCACAAUUUGUCACUGAAGUCAUCAAGGUCGAGCGUCCAGAUGGCAUCCUACUCUCCAUGGGUGGACAGACUGCCCUCAACUGUGGAGUAGAAUUAUUCCAGCGGGGCGUCCUGGAGCAGUAUGGGGUGAAAGUCCUUGGAACCCCAGUGGAGUCCAUCAUGGCCACAGAGGACAGACAGAUUUUUGCUGACAAACUGAUGGAGAUUAACGAGAAGAUCGCACCGAGUAUCGCUGUGGAGUCGGUAUCUGAUGCUUUGAAAGCAGCAGAGCAGAUUGGCUAUCCAGUGAUGUUACGAUCAGCCUAUGCCUUGGGAGGUUUGGGCUCUGGUCUGUGUGCCAACAAAGAAAAGCUGGAGGAAACUGCCCACAAGGCUUUGGCCAUGAGCACUCAGAUCCUAGUGGAGAAGUCCCUGCUGGGCUGGAAGGAGGUGGAAUAUGAGGUGGUGAGAGACGUGGCUGAUAACUGUGUCACCGUUUGCAACAUGGAGAACUUUGACCCACUGGGCAUUCACACAGGUGACUCCAUAGUGGUGGCACCGAGCCAGACAUUGUCCAAUGAAGAGUACCACAUGCUCCGUGAGACGGCCAUUAAAGUGGUUCGUCAUCUUGGCAUUGUCGGCGAAUGUAACAUCCAGUAUGCUCUACACCCCUCGUCCCUGGAGUAUUGCAUCAUCGAGGUUAACGCCCGGCUCUCAAGAAGCUCCGCUUUAGCAUCCAAAGCUACUGGGUACCCCUUGGCAUUUGUAGCUGCUAAAUUGGCUCUGGGGAUCCCCUUGCCAGACAUCAAGAAUGCAGUCUCAGAGAAGACCACAGCCUGUUUUGAGCCGAGUCUAGACUAUAUUGUCACCAAGAUCCCCCGUUGGGACCUCGACCGCUUUCAGGGCAUGUCUCUUGAAAUUGGCAGUGCAAUGAAAAGUGUCGGAGAGGUGAUGGCAGUGGGCCGGACCUUUGAGGAGAGUGUGCAGAAGGCUCUGAGGAUGUGUCAUCCAUCAGUGGAUGGCUUUGUGCCACGGCUGCCACUCAAAAAAGCCUGGGCCGACACCCACAACCUGCAACAAGAGCUGGCUGUGCCCUCUAGCACCCGCAUCUUCUCCCUCGCUAAGGCCCUGCACAGUGGCAUGAGUGUGGAUCAGAUCCACCAGCUGACAGCCAUAGACAAAUGGUUCCUCCACAAACUACACAGGAUCACUGAGCUGGAGAAGGACCUGGCACACUACAAGAGUGGUACAGUACCCAAGGGGCUGCUGCUAAAGGUGAAGCAGGAUGGCUUCUCAGACCGGCAGGUUGGCCAGAUUCUGGGCUCCAAUGAGAGCGCAGCCAGAGAGCUGAGGCUGACUCAUGGCAUCAGACCCUGGGUCAAACAGAUUGACACUCUGGCAGCAGAGUACCCAGCCAUGACCAACUACCUGUACUGUACCUAUCAUGGGCAGGAGCAUGACCUGGACUUUAAAGACCAGGGAAUUAUGGUUCUUGGUUGUGGGCCCUACCACAUUGGGAGCAGUGUUGAGUUCGACUGGUGUGCGGUGUCCAGCAUCAGAGCCUUGAGACAGAUGGGCAAGAAGACAGUCGUGGUCAACCACAACCCUGAGACGGUCAGCACUGACUUUGAUGAGUGUGACCGCCUUUACUUUGAAGAGCUGACCCUGGAGCGCAUCCUGGACAUCACCCAACAAGAGGGUUGCUCUGGCAGCAUUGUAUCUGUGGGAGGCCAGAUCCCCAACAACCUGGCCGUCCCGUUGCACCUGAGUGGGGUGAAGAUACUGGGGACGAGCCCCCUGCAGAUUGACCGGGCUGAGGAGCGCUCUGUCUUCUCUGGUAUCCUAGAUGACCUCGGAGUGGCCCAAGCCCCAUGGAGGGCCCUCAGCUCUCUGGAUGAUGCGUUUGCCUUUGCCAACCAGGUGGGCUACCCCUGUCUACUCCGCCCCUCUUAUGUUCUCAGUGGCUCUGCAAUGAACGUUGCAUAUGGUGAAGAGGAGAUGAAACGCUUCUUGGAGGAGGCCACCCAGGUGUCCCAGGAGCAUCCAGUGGUCAUCACCAAGUUCAUCCGUGGUGCCAGGGAAGUAGAGGUGGAUGCUGUGGCCAAAGGUGGCAAGGUUCUGGUCCAUGCAAUAACAGAGCAUGUGGAGGAUGCUGGGGUACACUCAGGAGAUGCCACCCUAAUGCUGCCAACCCAGACCAUUAGCCAGGGUUCGCUAGAAAAGGUUAAGAUUGCCACCCGGAAAAUAGCGCAAGCAUUUGAGAUUUCCGGGCCCUUUAACACUCAAUUUCUGGUUAAAGGCAAUGAUGUCAUGGUGAUAGAGUGUAAUCUGCGGGCUUCACGCUCCUUCCCUUUUGUAUCAAAAACAAUCGGUGUGGACUUUAUCAAUGUGGCAACCAAAGUGAUGGUGGGAGAGCCUCUGGAUGAGGCCAGCCUGCCCUCGUUGGAGAAACCCAUCAUUCCUAUAGACUACGUGGGCAUCAAGGCACCCAUGUUCUCAUGGCCACGGCUGAGGGAUGCAGAUCCUGUGCUUCGCUGUGAGAUGGCCUCCACUGGAGAAGUAGCUUGUUUUGGACCAAACAUUUAUUCAGCCUUCCUGAAGGCUAUGCUCUCCACAGGCUUUAAGCUGCCACAGAAGGGCAUCCUGAUUGGGAUUCAGCAUUCAUUCCGACCCAAUUUCCUGGCUACAGCCUACCAGCUGAAAGAGGAGGGCUUCAAGCUCUAUGCUACUGAAGCCACCUCAGCUUGGCUUUGUGCCAAUGAUGUGCCUGCCACUCCAGUAGCCUGGCCCACUGGGAAGGGAGGAGACAUCAGUUUGCCCAGUAUUACGAGACUGAUCAACGAGGGUCAUAUUGACCUGGUAGUCAACCUGCCCAAUAACAAUACACGCCACCUAAAGGAUAACUUCCUCAUCCGCAGAAUGGCUGUCGACCACGGUGUUCCCCUCAUCACUAAUUACCAGGUUGUGAAGCUGUUCGCAGAGGCAAUUCGCUAUGCGGGGGAGCUUGACACUACCAGCCUCUUCCACUACCGGCAGAAAGAAAGCCAACAAAGAGGGGCUGGUCAGCAGAGCUAGAGUUUCCUUCCCUGCCCUUUGGGUCCCUUUGUAAAACAGCGGUGUUAAGUGGGAGCAAAUUUAUGUAAUUUAGUUUCUAUAAAUUUCUUGUAUCUGUUUUCCCAUUCCCUGGUGUCAAGAAAAUGUUGAGUUAUUUUAGGGGAGAGUUGCAGUCUGUCAGGAGUUACCUAGACCAAAACACAAAACACAAAGUAUUUUUAAAGGGUUUAUAAGUUGUAACUAACGGCUUCAUGACUGGUUAAUACAUGAAUUUAUUAAUACUUUAUAGAUCAGUUGUGAAAAACAUCUGGUUGGUUAUCCUCCUUCAGUAGGACUCUUGGUUAUAAAUGUUAAUAAUUAAAAAAGGGUUCUUAUGGGAUCCCAUUUCUUAAUUAUAUAGCAGGUUAUAGUUGGUGUAACAGUAUAUCAUUUCAUAUCAUAGUGUCAUUUCAUAAUACAAAAUGUGUUGUUAAGCGUUGUGUAGGGUCUGCAGUUGUAAAUGUUAAUAUGUCGUUAUAAAAAGGACUGUGGUCCAAGAGCUGUAUUCACAAAGGAUCUUAUUUUACCACUGCAAGUCCUCUUAAAAGGCACUAAAAGUUCCUGGCCAAGAGCUUCCUCCUAAGACCAAUUCACAAAACUGCUGAGAACAACUUUUACUAAGCUAAGAGAAAUGUCAGGGUUUAUUCUGUUGCUAUGGAUGACAUCAUGUUUCAUUCUGCAGUGGUCUGUUGGAGAUUAGAAGAGUACAAGGAACAAAUUAUGUUAAAUUAAAAUUGUUAGAUAUACAUUAAGAGAUAAAAAGAUAGAUCUUUCCGUGAAGGUCAGAAGUCAAACAGUCUUUAAGAGAAAACUUCCUGACAAACUAAAAAGACAACUGUCAUGCUGGAUGAGGAUGAACACCAACCAGAGAUUUUUCACAGCUUGGGGACUGACAUGUUUUUUUUUUUUUAUUAAUGGCUUAUAAAUAAAAUAUAUAAAUAAAGCAUUAAUGGAUGAUUUCUUAACCAUUAAUAAAGCCCUUGGUUACAAUUCAUAAAGUGAUUCAUCUGAAAGUGGUACCAGAGAGGAUAACAGCACUGCCUUUACACUGUAAAUCUUUAAGGGCAAUGUUGUUGGUGUAUUACAGUAUAUUACAGUUUUUUUGUUUGUCUUUUUUUUCUUUUUUUUUUUUGGCUUUUAUUUAUUAUCAGUUGUUUAUGUUCUGUUUUAUUUUUCAAUGUGUGGAACUCUGUGAAUGUGAAGCAAUGAUUUCAACAUCUCAGCUCUGCCUGAUAUCAUUUUAAUACCAAUGGUUUGGCAAAAUGCCUUUUAUAUGCAUUUAAUCUCAUUCAUACAUCUUUUAGACUUAAAAUGGUGUUGAAAAUGUACUAUAUAGUAAACAUGUACUAUAUCCAUGACAGCAACUGUUAAGUUAAGUGUAAUGAAGGUAAAGGCAUUUUAGAGGAAGGCUAACUGUUAUUUAGUUGGAGCUCCAGCCUUGAACCCCAGCUUUAAAGUUUGAAGUUAUGACAACUGACCUGUUUAUACUUGGAUUUAUGUGUGUAUAUACUGUAUGUUACAGACUGAGUCAGAAUUUCACAAUUUAGAAUUUAUUUUCCAGUCUGCAUAUACAAAUUUGUUUUUUAUGCAUACAUAAACAAAUGAAAGAAAGAGACAGAUAAUUAAAUAGAGCAGCACAAAACAGCACAAUAAUCCAACUUAGUUGUUUUUUUUCUGAAGUCUGAAAAAAAGGUGUAGGCUGAAGCCACAGCUUAUAAUGACGACCCUUUUAACACA